CGGUGUUCUACGUCAGGCGCGCGGGAGAGACAAACAGGAAGAGGGUUGACCACUCUGCUGCUAUUUGUCUGAGGGUUUUGCUUGUUUCUGCUUCGAGGCAGUCAGCUAUUUAUAAACUGGUUUAGGCCGGUGUGGCUACGCAAGACUUUGGGUGGUGGCGGCUGGUCAACCAUGGCGCGGCCGAUGGGAGAUAGCCACCGCAGGUUCCUGCAGACCAUUAUGAGCAACGGCAUCAUCGAUGGCCCCCAGGCCAAGGCACUGCAUAAGCACUGCUGUGAAGUCGCCGGAGCCAACUAUAGCCAGGACAGGUUGGAUGAGUUCAUCGACGUUGUCAACUUGCAUCUGCAGCCCAUGUUCAUGCACAUCAGGAAGGGAAUGUCUGAAGAGGAUGGCCUACAGUACUACGCCUUGGUAAACACAGCCGAGACGGAGGUGACCCGCAUGUCUUCAGAUUACGCCGACAACGAGCUGGAGCUAUUCAGGAAAAUAAUGGAUUUGGUUGCCGAGUCGGAUAAUGGAACGGCCUCCUCCACUGACAUCCUGAACUGCGGUGACGCGCUUCUCUCCAAAAAACUCAAGAAGAAGGAGACGGAGGUCGUCCUGAAUAAGUUUGUGCAAAACAAGUGGUUAACUGAGAAGCAUGGCGAAUACUCCCUGAGCACGCGCUGCAUCAUGGAGAUGGAGACGUACAUGCGCACCGUCUACCAGGACCUCCUCAAGAACUGCCACGUGUGCGACAACGUGGCCUUUCAGUGUCAGAUGUGUGAGAACCCCGAUUGUGGCAUUCGGAUGCACUUGCCGUGUGUAGCACGCUACUUCAGAGGCCGCAGCGACCCGCACUGCCCCGCCUGCAACCAGUUCUGGCCUCACGAGAUCCCUGAGAUCCAAAGGCCUCCUCCGGCCUCUCAGAGCCAGCCGUCGGCAGCCAAGGAGAACACGGCGCCCAGAGGUAGCACCUCCACCCCCACCCCCACCCCCUCUUCCUCCUCCUCCCAGGCACGCAGGUCCAGUCGGCGGUUAUAGCCUCUGCUGUGCUGUGCUGCGCUGCAGUGUGGGGUUUCGUGGUGUGAUGUCUCAUGUCUUGUCUUGUCUCGAUGCCAAAACUAGUCUGAACCACAGUGCUGUGGGUUAUUUGCUGUUUCAUGUUGUGCAUCUGAUGUGGUCAUUAGAUGGCCAAACACUUGUUUGUGCAUAAAGGAGAUAAGGGCUUCAAGGUUUGACGCUGUGCAUGCGUGUGCAGCACGAUACUAGAACAACAACUGGGGCUGAAGUCAUUUGUAGGCCUACUUGCUUUUGGCUUUAAUGUUGGUCUGUUUAAUUGUUUUUAAAAAAAAAGAUAAUUAACUUCCUCUUUUGGAAUUCUGUUGGACACAAAGGCAAGUGCCUGUAUUCUAACAUGCUGUUUUCAUGCUGUUGUUUUUUUAUAAGUAAUAAACUUAAUCCACUCUGCAAUAAAAGUCACACGUUUGUA